GUGAGUUCAGACUUCAGUCCAGUCGCGAUUGCAAAAACAUGGCUGCAGGUUGUUGUGGAACCAAAAAGCAAAAACUAAAUAAUUCGAAUGUUCCUUGCGACGGAUCAGUCAUGCAAAAUGGAACACAAACACGAAAUCCUCCCAUCGUGCAUCCGGAUAUGGGAUUCUUUUGCUUUGACGUACUUUACUGCCAGCUGCACCAACUUGACCCUCCAAAAGCGCCAAACUUCUGCAAUGAUGCAUUUCCACUAUUCGUAACAUGGAACAUUGGAAGAGAUAUGCGACUGAGAGGUUGCAUAGGAACCUUCAAUGCUAUGCAUUUGCACGCUGGACUCCGAGAAUAUGCCGCAACUAGCGCAUUCAAAGACUCUCGGUUCAAUCCCAUAUCGCGAGAUGAACUCCCUCGCUUGCAUGUUAGUAUUUCAAUACUUCGUCAUUUUGAAGAUGGUGCAGACUAUUUAGAUUGGGAAAUAGGAGUUCACGGAAUUCGUAUUGAAUUUCAUAACGAGAAGGGCAGUAAACGAACUGCGACUUAUUUACCGGAAGUUGCCAAGGAACAAGGAUGGGACCACAUACAGACAAUAGAUUCCCUGCUGCACAAGGGUGGCUACAAAGGCUUGGUGACACCGGAAAUGCGACGCAGUGUGAAAUUGACGCGCUAUCAGAGUGAGAAAGUGACAGUAAGUUAUCAGGAGUAUAUGAACCAUUGGCAGAGUCGAAGAUGCUAGCAACUCGCCUGGGGUCCUCUGGAGGACCCCCCGUCUCACGCAUCGUCCAUGGCCCUUCGUUA